AUGGCGAGGUUUUUACUUUUGAUUGUUGCGAUAAGCUGUGGGUUAUCAGUGACGGUAGAUAGUGCUCCGAUUUCCGGCGCUAAGGAUUCUCCAAUAGAAGGAUAUGCUUUCAUGGCGAUCGUGGCCCUCUACAGCCAGAUAGCCGGAAACGGCGUAAUUGUCUCGACUCGGUGGGUUUUGACCGCUGCCAGCACCUUUCACGAAGGACCAGAUACGGAGUAUUGUGCCGUCAUCGGUGGAAGCACACUGAGAACAGGGACAUAUUACCGAACGUUACGAAUCUACAGACAUCCAGAGUUUGAUGGUUCUCUCUACAACGUCGGACUACUGCAUCUAGCGAAGGAACUUGUCUUAGGACCCACGAUAAAUAUAGUGCAUACACCCCGGUCGUCCCCACCAGAUAUGAGACCAGUGAUUCUCUCGUUCGGAAAGAACAGUGAAGGUACGACGCAUCUACAAUCGUUCAAAUUCAAGUUGACUAGCGAUAGCAGAUGCGUCGAACGUCUAUCGGACGUACACGACAAACAGGUUAUUCUGAGUGGACAAGGCUACUGUAUCGAUGAAUUAUUACAAGGGAAUCGAAUCUUCGAGUACAACGAUGUCGGCGCUCCGGCCAUAACGGAGUGGCAACAGAUUUAA